AUGACGGAUGUGAAGACGCAGAACGCAAUUUCGCUGAAAGGGUCCGCGACGCUCGUCAAAGAGUUUUUCCGUACGAAUUUUGUAUAAUUUUAUGCCAAAAACGCGUAAAAAUCAAUUGCAGACUAUGGCCUGAACAGUAUUCUGUAUCAGCGCGCGCUCUACCCGUCGGACAGCUUCAAGCGCGAGAAAAAGUACGGGCUGACGCUGUUUGUGACGCACGAGAAGAAGUUGCACGCGUUUAUGGAGCCGCUUUUGCAGCAGGUCGAGUGUAAGUGUGAUUGAGAUUUUUUCGAUUAAAAAUUGACUUAAAUAAAUUCUCUGCAGUCUGGCUGGCCAAAAGACAACUGAAACGGCUCGUCAUGGUCAUUUCGGAGGUGAAAACGAAGGAAGUCGUCGAGCGAUGGCAAUUUGAUAUUCACACCGAGGAUUUGGAGGAGGAGGGGUACGGAAAUCGCUUCUCGCAAAUUUCCCUGGAAAAGUCCCUCGUCCCUCAUUUUUCUCACCUUUUUGCUUUUGUUAAUCCGUUCCAACAACAAUCGUUCGGUUUCCGCGGGUGUCAAGUGCUCAUCUCGAGUGCGUGGGUGUCAUUGAACCGGAAAACGGACGGUAUUCCUCUGUGAUUACGCAACGGACAUUUGCAAAUGUCCCGUCGAGAGCUCGAAAGCUCUUGAACACCUGUUUGAGCGGAAAACGAGAGAAAACGCUCACAUUUUUCCAAUUUUUCGAUUAAAUAAAAUUCAAUAACUUUCAGCGAAAAUGCUCACCGCCAAAAGGACGAGAAGAAGAUUCGCCAGGAGAUGAGCGAUGUGCUCAGGUUUGUGCAUUUCUCAAAACUCAACUUUUACCCUCACAAAUGGCCCAUUUCCCAUCCUUCAUCCCUAAUUAUACGUAUUCUUUUCCGAAAAUUGUGUUUCUCCCCGAAAAAGGGGCACACAAAUACCGUAAUCCAAUUGAUUUGUGCGUCAGAUGGUUCGUUUCUUGGCGACAGACGUCUUUUAUUUGACUAAUUGGCGAAGAGAGCCCAAUUAUUUUCGUGUGUGUGCACUGUGCGUGUGGGUAUAAUAUCAUUCGAUCAAAGUUUGCGUUGCAAUCGAAAAAAUCGCUGAAAAUCAGUUCUUAAGCGAAAUUUCGUCACUUUCAGACAAAUCACUGCAUCGGUUUCGUUCCUGCCGCUGCUCGAGGAGCCCGUCUCGUUCGACGUGCUCAUCUACACGGGAAAAGAGACUCAGGCGCCGGAGGACUGGACCGAGAGCGGUGCCUGUCUCAUUCAGAACUCCGAGACGGUCGGUUUCGAUUUCUAAAUUUUGUUCCAAUCAAUUUUUUCAAUUUUUGCAGGUCCAACUGCGCUCCUUCUCGACGUCCGUCCAUUCGGUGAACACGAAUGUUCAGUACAAAGCGGACUUUUGA